GCCUGCCUGCAUCGUACAGAAGGCAACCUGUGCGCAGACGCGAGCCGCAUUUUUCGAGAGAGUGCAUCCGUUCGCCGCAGGACGAGAAUCGAAAACUGGUUUCCGAACGGGCGCCGCGCGUGGAUCCCGGUGAAAUCGAUGAUCGUGACCAAUGAAAACUUGCUACCGAACUGUCUUUCACGCUUGUUAGUCAAUCGUCGAAGUUAGACGGAAGAAACACCGGGCAGAGACUCAUGUACCGGGAGUGAUCGUUUGUUAACGAAGAAGGAGAGCGCAAUGUAAAUAGUGCACGAACCUCGUGACGAAUGACAUAGAACGCUUGAUCGAGGAUCGAUUUAAUCGUUUUCGGUUGUAUGAACGUGGCACGGAUGUCGAACGAGAGGAGCAGCUCGUGAAAGUGUAUCCGUGCACGCGACGGAAUAAUCGUAGCCGAGACGGGACGAGACGAGAUAUACCGAACGUCCGCGACGUACAACCAUCUAUAGGUGGAACAGGUGCGAGCCACGUUUCCGGAGCCAGUAGCGGCCCGGUCGAGGAGCAACGAGGGUGAAGGACUGCACGAAGCGAACAGGGAAAACGAGAAGCCGCGCCGGGACGACGACGGGCCUCGGGAUCGCUCGUGGAAAAGGAAACCCGGGAAUCGAAUAGAAAACGAGUAACCGGAGUCGGGCACCGUUCCUCUUGUUUACGCGACACCAUCGUGGGUCGCUCGGACGCCGCUGUUCUCGUUUGUGCUGUGCCUGUGAAUUAUUCCGCUGUUUCGUUGCUGUUUCUGUUUUCGUUCCGAGUGUUUGUUGAUUAACCGGACGCGAACGGUACAGCUGAUCGCGGAGUGUCAUAGAAAACUCGUGCGCGACGAUACGAUCCGGUAUACCUAAACGUGAGCUGCUCGACAACCUCGAGGAGAAACAGGAAGAGCAAGGAGUUAGAAUAAAAGGAAUACUCUCUCAUCUGACAGACUUUUCUUAUCGGAUAACGUCCAAGGACUUGGCUCGAAUGACGAUUCCGAUGUGCCGGGGUACGAGGGGAAGGUGACGAGCAGGUUUCAGACGAGAAUCAUCAUCGGGACACCUCGCGCGAACCCCGCAAGGAACCUCAACCGAUCGAAGGAAACAUGGUUCUAGCGAGCCAUCGACGAAGGCAUCCUUCGUGGAGGAUGCUGCUCGUUUUCAUCGUAUUUAGUUUGGUCAGGCACUGCGAGCCGAUGUCGACAAAACGGCUGACGGACCCGUCGUUCUCUUCGCCGACGCUGUCAAGGAAUUCCGGCGAGUCGAGGUCGCAGCUCGGCUCGCCGAGCGAGCUGGCCUGGCAAGCGUGGCUUCUGGUGGACUCGCAGACGGGCGCCCAUUCCGGCAUGGACUCCGCCACUUUCCUAAGACGAAUCACGCCGAAAAGCGUGUUCAUCGCACCCGCACUGCCAGCGCUGCCGCCGUGCGCCGACGGCUACCGGGCCGACACGAUGGGCAGGUGCGUGAAAAGCGUGAACAUCGACCACGAGGCUCAUCUCGGCUUCCUGCUGCAACGAUUGAACAAUCGAUACGCGAACCGGGCGAGCUCUGAGACGAUCAACAACAGUCAGAAAAAAUCGACCGGCCCGUUACAGUUGAACAUCCCGCUGUUGUCCGACACGGACACCAACUCGUUCCACGCGGAUCACGAAGAGGCGAGGGACUCGAUCAAGAUCCCGGUCGUGAUCCCUCCCAGGCAGGACGUCGAUCCGAAGCUGGAGAAGCAUCCACCGGAAAGCGUAGCCACCACGCUCUAUCAGAAAAGUAAUAAUAACAAGAAGGAGAACGAGUCUAGUUUUAUUCGCGAGGAUACCGGUAACGCUCCGCUUGUCAAGGAUAAUCGACGCGUAUCGAGCGAAGGGAGAGAACCAUUCGAGGCUAUCGUGAGCAUCUACCAACCGAAGAAUAGUACUAGGGUGGAGGAAAGUGAGUCUGGUUUCUCUUAUAACGAUUCCAGUACCGUUUCUAGCAAGGAUGACCGGCAGGUAUCGAAACAAGAGAAACGACCAUUCGAGAUUACAGUUACGAGAUAUCAGACGAAUAAUAGCAGCAACGAGGAAGGUGGGGACGCUUUCUUCGACGAGCUCGCCAGGAUCUCAGCCAGCAAGAAAGGCCAAUCAUUAGUGGAAAAGAAAGAAUCUGUUGAGACUGUGGUCGUCUAUCAAUCGAAGAAUAAUAGUAAAGAAGUAGAAAGUGAGACUAAUUCCUUCGACGACAACAGCACUGUCUCUUCCGUCAAGGAUAUCCAAGAGACGUCCGAGGAAGAGGAACUACCACCGGAGGUCGUAGACAUUUAUGACACGAGGAGCAACGACACAGAAGAGGAUCAUACUUUCUUCGACGAAGAGGAGGACACUACUGUUAUUCCAGACGAGAGGGAUGACCAGGAAGCAUUGAAGAAAGAGAAACAGCCACUGGAAAUCAUAGUUCCAAAUUUUCGUGCGAAGAAUAAUAGCAAGGAGAAAGACGCGAGGGAAGAGGAAGAAGUACGAGAAGAAGAAGAGGAGAACGCGUCUAGUUUCUUCGACGAACUCACGAGCACCGUCUCAUCGGAGAACGAGGACGAACGCCUGUUCGAGGAGAGGAAAGAAUCGUCGGAGCCUGCGGUCACCGAUUAUCAAACGAGGAAUAACAGCAGAAAGGAGGAGAGCGAGGAGCCUAAUUUCUCUUACGAGGACGCCAGCACAGUCACGUCUGGCAAAGACGACGAGGGGACCACGUCGAGGCUCGACGACGCGGUACCCGUGGCAGACUUCGUCGACGACGCGAACGACACGAGCGUCUCUGACGUGGUCGAUUAUAAGAUUCCACUCGACCUGAGGACGCUCCUGAAUAUACCCAGCGUUCGAACGCUCAACUCCAGCGACGACCACGAUUUAUGGUGGGACGAAUAAUUUAUAGAACAAUCGCGAUAAAAGUAUUUCUUAAUCGAUUCAUUUAGGCCUACAGGAAUAUCGGUUUCCUGCUCGAAGGUUUUAUUUAAAAAGAAAAGUAUAUAUAUAUUUAUUGUAUAUAUAUAUAUAUAUAUAUAUAUAUUAUAUAUGUGUGUGUCUCACGCGAACUAUCAUACAAAUCGGAAACGGACGUUCAGACUCCGAUAUAGAUACGCCACUAGACUGUUCUCUCUCGUUUUAUACUCUGAGACGUACCCAGGCAGUUUACUUAUGCGAAAGUAGGUACGCGACGUCUCGGCCUGAUCCUUAGAUCGGACGCUCGUGCCGUCGGAGACGAUCGUUUGGGGAAAUAUUCUUAAAGGUGCACACGAGAAGAUCGGAGAUUACGUAACGAUAAAGAAGGUGACUCGUCUCGCACGGGUCCCGUACCUAGUCCGUGCGAUCGGUGAACACCGACAGUAAACUACAUGUUCAAAGGUGCAUACUUACUGCGCGCCGCGUACGAUCAUUCGCGAGCCGACUAUCGGUUCACCGCGACGAACGCAACGGUUGGCACACAAAUCGCCGGGACUCUUUUAUUUGGCAACGUUCCACCGUCUCCGAACGUUCCCACUGUGAGAAGCAAAUGGAAAAGAAACGGCGCCGGAUUAUCCACCGACACGUGUGCCGAUUUCGUAUUAGAUUCAUUUGUAAGUCUACGAAUUUUGUGCAUUUGUACAAAAAAUUGAAAUGCACGAAGUGACACUUUUUAAAUUAACAGCACUGAUUGGUCUUUGCAUAAAAUCCCUCAGUCUAAGAAAGUCACUUCGUCCAAUUUUUUCAAUACUCAACUACGAAUUGUAAUGUGAAAUAAAUGAACAAUUGUACUGUUGAUUAAAAUGUAAUCACUCGAUCGACUGCGCGAAGUGGAUUGCGUUGGCCAGAGUAAGAUUCGAAUGACGAGCUUAGAAAGUGAUAAACCAACGUUCUUCGAUAUUGCGUAAUGUUUCACGUUGAAAUUCGAUCUAGGCGUCGCUUUCUACGACCAAGCAUGCAUAUCGUCUCUCCGGAAUAAUGAACAAAAAUCGGAACGAUCGCUAGUCUCGCGGGAAUUAAGAGAUUGCCUAACGAAAAAUCAAAAGAGUCGCUUUCUCUGUCACAGGCCGCGUCAAAGUUACUCAAUACAUCAUUAAAAAAAGAGAUUAGGCCUUGCAAUAUUUUCGUGUGCGUCGACGUCUUCGAAAAACUAUUAUAGAAGAGGAAGAUUAGUGAAAAAAGAAAGAAGGAUCGUCUCACCCUGUCGCGUUUAACAAGAAGCCACAGGUAGCAUGGACGCAGUGAAGAAAUAAGGGAUGGCAGGUGAUGCUUUAGCGACACAAAUUCGUGGUGGUAGCCGAGCUUUCUCAAUGCCACGGUGGAGGGGAAAGGGACAGGAUAGGAGCCACCCGACCUGUCGAAACGACAGUCUACAAUCGUCACUGCACGGCAUCGGAUACCUGCUCGUAAAAGCGGACUGCGUUCUCUCGUCUAUUUCGGGUUUCGGGCAGUGUGUAGAUUAUGAUCCCGGUGAAAUCGAUUGAACAUCCAUCGAACCGUUUCUGCAUCGUCGACGUCGAACGAAAGAAAGAGCGUAAUAAAUUCGUGAACAAAAACGCUACGAGCGACUACCUUUAGAUGCAAAAAUGAAGAGAGCGUACAUAAUGUAAAGUACGUUCAAAGGAUUCUAUCGGGGACGAUGCGAUUUUAAAAGGAUGGACAAGGAGUGAUCCAGAACUCUGAUUUCCUUUCAAAUUUUCUCUUUAUAUCUGGCAGCUUUGCGUACAACACUCGUGUGCAACGAUAGUCUGGAGAAGAAGGAGCAGAUUGAUAGGCGAAACGGAAUACUCCCCUUGGAUAGACUCUUAUCGGAUACGUCGAGGAACCUGGAUGGACAGGAAACUAUUCGAAUGACGAUUCUAACGCGGAUUCAACGUGGCGAGCAGACCUUCAACGUUUAUCCUAGAACGAAUCUCGCAAGGAACCUCGACAAACGAGCCGAACAUGCUCGCGAUAAGCCGGCAAAAGCAUCCUUUCUGGAGGGCGUCGCUUAUCGUAACUUUUCUCAGCCUCGUCAGGCAUUGUGAGUCAAUGUCUGCAAGAAGACUGACGGAGCCGUCAUCCUUAUUUUCAAGUUUCGCCGACUCGAAGCGACAAGAUCUCGGCUCGCCGAACGAUUUAUCCAGACAUUUGAUCGACUCUCAAACAGAGAUACACCCCAAUACAGACUCAGCCGCUUUCCACAGAAGCGUGUUCAUCGCUCCUGCGUUACCAUCGUGCGCGGAUGGUUACGAAGCCGACGCGAUGGGCAGGUGCGUGAAAAACGUGAACAUCAAUCACGAGGCUCACCUCGGCUUUCUCCUGCACCGAUUGAACAAUCGAUUCGCGAACCGAGGAAGCCCCGAGGCAUCCAACAAUAAAUGGAAAGUGUCCAAUGAGCCCCUGCAGUUGAACGUUCCCUUGAUCGUCACCGCGGACAUCAACUCGUUCCGCGUCGACUACAAAGAGAUCAAAGACUCGAUCGAAAUCCCUGUUGGAAUCGAUCUCCGGCAGUACGGUAGCUCGAAGGAAUAGAAAAGCUUCGUUAGAAGAAUGAUCAAUCGGUCUUGCAUUAAACAGGACGGUCAUGUGAAACUCUUUCGGCUUCUCGGCAAAAGCAGUUUUUAAUAAGUAUAAUCGAAAUUAAUGUUCCCCGAUCGAAUCUCGAAAGUACCUAUCAGUGCGCGACGUAGGAAAGCGCGAAAGCUGGGCUCACAAGCUUGCGGAGGGAACACGCUUGUGUCCCCAUAUCGUAUAUCGAAACAGACUGAUUUUAGCGGUAUUUACUUUAUUUAUAACACGAGAAUAAAAAGAAUCAUGCGAUCUUAUCACGUAAAAAUCUCGAGAAGAGGAGCAGCGCGCUGCUCUGGUAGCGAUCAAAGUAUUGUCUGUACAGCUUCGUAUCAUGUGCGUCAUCGUGUUUACUCUUGUACGGAGAAACGUAAACCGUCGGUUUUCCCUUCGCGUAUUAUAAACAAAUUCUUUUAUACGUAAAUUAACAAAUAGAAAGGAUUCUGACUGAAUCGUGUUUUAUAAACGGAAUUGACUGUAGAAAAACAGGCAUUUUUUUAAAUUUGUUUCUCUGUGUAAAUUAUUUGGCGGAACGUUUUAUGUCUCUCCAUCGUAAUCGAGUCGAAACUUGCGAGUACACCUACAUUGUAUAGCGAAAAUACGUAUCUACGUAGUAUGAAUGUUUUCGGUGUGCGACGUGGUCGUUGUUCUACGGUAGCGUUCCGGAAAUAGCGACCGGAACGGUGAGGAUCAAUCAUUCGUAGGAUAUCAUUUAGCUCCGCGACCAUCGAUAGAUUUUUUCAAACUUUUUACACGUACGAUAAAAUUUUUCUACGAGAAGGUACGCGCAAGUAGAAUGCAUGCAGUGCGAAUAAGCCGCUGAAAAUUCUUAGGACAUAUCGUCAGGAAUCGUCUCGACUUUAUUCGAUAACGAACGGAAUAUCUCUACGUGGGGCUGCCACGUACGAAAAAUUACGAAACCAACAUCGCGGCCAGUAAUCAUUUUUGUUUACUUUCCUUUUCAAUUGCUCUACGUAUGCUUCGAUGUGGUGUGUAAUCUGUCUUCCUCAUGUAUCUGAAUGUUGAUUCGUGUACAUAUUAAUUUGAUUAAGAACUGUAUAUACAUUGCAUAAUUAAGAAUCGCGAUCGACGUCUUAAACGUGUAUUGUAACUGUAUUAAAAUAUUAUUGUAUUAUUUAUAGCUAAAAUAUAUCGAUGUAUAUUACACAUUGUCGUGUAGAAGUCGUUAGAUCAGAAAACGUCGGAACGCGUUAAUUAAAAAAUCAGUCGAUGUGUUCUCUGUU